AUGGGCCUUCGGCAACUGGUUUCCAUGCACUCUCAACUGAAGGCCAAGUCUAUCGUCGCCGAGCAGGGUUUCGAAAUCCUCAAGAGGCUAAUGACCCUUGUAAUGUCAAAGGAAACCGAAAGAAUGCUUCAGUUCGAGGGCCCGGCAGAUAAACAUCACGGACGCAGCUCAGAUUCGACUCAGCGGACAUCUGAUUCGAUUGAAGUAGCAACCCAGCGUAAUUCUGCCACAGGCGCUGGAGAGAGCCUCCCCUCUGCAGAUUUCCAGGGGACAUCUCAGGACGAUUUAAUGAAUGACUCAAGACCCGAUAUUCCGGACGACUCAGCACAAAUGGCUCGUUCAGAUCUUGGAUUCUGCGAAGACCCUCUGGUGACUCAAGCUCUUCUGGAUUUUGAACAAGCCAUGAGCUACGAUCCGAAUGGCGUACUUGCAGCAUUUUAG